GGACGGCUCUUGCCCUUGCACUUCCGAGCACUUGUCUGCAUUUCUUCAGUUGCACCGAUACAUUCAUUUAAUAUGCUCAUUAAAGUUAAGACACUCACCGGUAAAGAGAUCGAACUGGAUAUAGAUCUCGAAGACAAGAUUACUCGUAUCAAGGAGAAGGUCGAGGAACAAUCCGGCGUACCGCCACAGCAACAAAGGUUGAUCUUUAGUGGAAGACAAAUGCCUGACGAUAAGACCGCCAAGGACUUUAAUAUCACAGCUGGAUCAGUGCUUCAUCUUGUCCUCGCCCUUCGUGGUGGCCAAUGAGGGCCGAUCCCUGUAUUCUUAUUUGCGAUCAGUAGACGGUGGAAGAUGAAUGAACGGCAGAAGUUAAUGGAUUGUAUAGGUGUAAAUUCACUCGUGCGUUACUAGAUGUGAUUCAAUACGCAUUUGCUGUCGCAUUGCUUU